AGGGGCUGAGCUCUCCGAGGUCCCAGUGCCAAUGUCCUGCCGGCUGCCCCGGGGCCCAGCUGCAGCGCUGCUCGCUCUCCUGUGCCUGGGGCUUCUGUCUCUCCUGUUCCACCCUAGCCUUUCUCCCUGGGGGGAGCAGGAGUCCCCCGGGCUGAGAGCUCCGAGGCCCAAAGCCCGUGGGCUGCUGCUUCAAGACGUCUUCAUCGCGGUCAAGACCACCAGGGCUUUCCACCGUUCCCGUCUGGACCUGCUACUGGACACGUGGGUCUCCAGGACCAAGCAACAGACAUUUGUCUUCACCGACAGCUGGGACAGAGGCCUCCAGGAGAGACUGGGGUCCCACCUUGUGGUCACCAACUGCUCCGCAGAACACAGCCACCCGGCUCUGUCCUGCAAGACGGCCGCUGAGUUUGACGCCUUCCUGGCCAGCAGGCUCAGAUGGUUCUGCCACGUGGACGACGACAACUACGUGAACCCGAGGGCACUGCUGCAGCUGCUGAAGGCCUUGCCCCAGGGCCGUGACGUCUACGUGGGCAAGCCCAGCCUGAACCGGCCCAUCCACACCUCCGAGCCGCGGCCUCACAACCGUACGAGGCUGGUACAGUUCUGGUUUGCCACAGGGGGCGCCGGCUUCUGCAUCAACCGCAAACUGGCUUUGAAGAUGGCUCCAUGGGCCAGUGGCCCCCGCUUUGUGGACACAUCUGCUCUCAUCCGGCUGCCCGACGACUGCACUGUGGGCUACAUUGUGGAGUGCAAGCUGGGGGGACGCCUGCAGCCCAGCCCCCUCUUCCACUCACACCUGGAGACCCUGCAGCUGCUGGGGGCUGCUCAGCUCCUGGAGCAGGUCACCCUCAGCUAUGGUGUCUUCGAGGGAAAACUCAACGUCAUUAGGCUGCCAGGCCCCUUCUCUCCUGAAGAGGACCCCUCCAGGAGUGACUUUCAGGGAGGCCACUGCUCCUGCUGCAGCGACAGCUCUGUCUCCCCACCGAGGGACCAAAUUAUAAAUAUACCCUUGAUUUCUUUUAUAACCCGUAAAUGACUCCCAUGCCGUGAAGCAGCAGAGCACAGAGCCUGAGCUGUUGUGAGCAAGCUGAUCUCCAAACACGGUUUGAGCACCUACUGUGUUCCAGAGCUGUGCCGGUAGCCAAGGGCCAUCGUGGAGGAUGUGUGAGCUACAGUCACCUUGCCAAGGAACCCACAGCUUGUGAAACAUGGCUCGUUGAUUGCUAGAGAGGAGAGCGGCCUGGCAGACAACUGGGUCCUGAGUCAGAGAGUGAGAAAGCGACCGAGGUGGCCGGGAGAGGAGCAGGGGCAGAGGCUUUCUGAGCCCGAGAGGCAGUGUGAUGAGCUGUGUGGCCGUGUACCUGCUGCCUUGCUGUCAGAGCCUCGGGUCCUAGUGUGGGCGAUGAUGCUUCUUCCCCGGCUCUCUCACAGGAUGCAUGUAAGGAAAGGCCCUCUCUGCCUGGUGCCCUGGACCCAGCCUGACACAUGAAAUCACUCAUCGGCUCCAGUUUUACUGAUGGCUCUCUGUGCACCAGGCAUGGUGCCAGGGGGACAAGAGCUGGCACCUAGGAUCUUAUUCUUGGGGGCAAGGCAGACAGGGCUCCUCCUGUCUCCCUCCUGAACUCCCCACUGGACACAUUUCGGCCUUCCUGGCAGUGCGGGUGGCCCCUCGACUGUGCUCUGUUGCCGGAUAUGCCCUGCUGGCGCAUUAGUCCCCUGCCUGAGAUGAGCUGUCCCCACCCUCAUCCUGGCCGGUGGCAGAGCCCUCACGUUGGAGGGGUGGGGCCUGGACACCUGCAGAUGGGAGGGGCCCACAUGUCAGGGUCUUCACGUCCAGGCCCUGGGUUUGGGACGGUUUGUUCCCGCACAUAGCGAUUCUGACCGGAGAGACAGAGGACAGACAGAUGAGCAAGCAGGACUCUCAGAGAAGGACAGAGACAGGAAGGAAGGAACAGGGAGACCGGGGAGAAUCUUGGUGGAAGGUCCAUGACAGACUUUUUUAGAUUCUUCUAAGCUUAACUAAAAUAUCUAUAGCCCCUCAGGGAUCCUGGUCUGGAGCUCUUUUGCUCUGGCCAUAGGAUUUCCUACUCAAGUUUCGAAAUGUCAUUUCACAUGACACCUGGAUCACCCACUUAACUCUUCCACACCCUAGACUUCAUUUCAAAGACAUAGGACCCCUG